AUGCUUGCUAUCUCAGUCGCAACCGUAACUGUUGCCACGUACACCACUCCGAGCCUGGACAAGCCCUCGUGGACCCCACCGGUGAGUGCGUGGGCUGAAAAAAUGGAGCAGUGGGGGGCAGCAGAGGGUGGUUUGGGGCAUGACACAGGGUGGGUGUUCCCAGUGGUGUGGAUCAACCUCUACAUCAUGAUGGGCGUUGCUGCUUGGCUCGUGUGGCUGCAAGGAGGAUUCUCUCUGCAAGCUUUUCCGCUGGGCAUAUACCUGUUUCAGUUGCUGCUCAACUUCCUCUGGACGCCACUCUUCUUUGGCAUGCACAAGAUUGACUGGGCUUUGGCGGAGAUAGUGCUGCUGUGGCUGUCAGUGUUCAGCACCAUCGUUGUCUUCUGGCCUGUCAGCAAGCUCGCCUCCUUCCUCCUCUGGCCCUACAUCGUCUGGGCGUCCAUAGCCACGAGCCUCAACUGGUACAUCUUCCUGCACAACGCUCCCACCCCUGGUGCCGACGGCCUUGCCCAGCCCCUCCGCUCCUCCGACUGA